GUUUCUUUUUUCUCUCUCUGGAUUGGUUUCGUUGAUCAGAGACGUGAGACUCUUCGAACUUCGCUGGAGAUGAAGCCGAUGAGGGUGGAGAAGACGAUGACCUUGUGGGUGUUUCUCGUCGUCGUCGCGGUAGGGUUUAGCGCUACUGCUGCUUCGUUCUUUCCUUCGGGAGGAAAACCAUGGAAGUCUUUCGAGUAUCCGUUCAGGCCUCAAUAUGAAGGUGAUCGUAUGGAUCGCAUGUAUAUGAACCAGCAUGCGACUCAGACCUCAGAUCGAUCUGAAAUCGUAUCACACUGCAAGAAGACACCGAAAGCUUAUGUUUAUACUCUGGAAAUUCCCGGUCUAAAGAGAGAAGAUGUGAAGGUUGAAGCUGAGGAUGGACUUCUUAGGAUCAAAGGAGAGGAAAAGAAAACGAAGAAGCAAAAUGGUGAGGUGCAUUGGUCGUAUGGUCAGUUCUGGAAGCAAAUCCCUCUGGCAGAUGAUGCUAAUUCAGAUGAUAUAAACACGGAUGUCAAACAUGGUGUCCUCACCAUUAAUGUUCCUAGACGCCAUCACAAAGGAAAGCCUCACAUGGAUUGAUAGAAUUUCCCUUACAUGAGCAUGUACAUGUAUGCAUGUAUACGUACAUAACAAUCACAAUAUGAGGGCAAAUUAGUUGCCUUCAUUUAUAUGACUUGAAUGAACAAGUAUAUGUAAACAAACUCAAUAAGUGGUUUCAUAAUAGUUAAAUAUUAUAAUGGUGUGGAAAUUUUCCUUGUCUA